AUGGAGAUGGAAAGCUUUUGGACAAAUCUGUCCCAAUACAUGACAAAGGAGUCUCUAGACAUAGGGCUCUAUCGGAUAGUCAUGGAGGAGUGUGGAUCACUAGCCUCAGAGCCUACAGAUGUGACAUAUGAUGAGGUCAAGUGUCCUGGCACGGUUCGACCGGCGAUCUGGUGCAAACCACACUCAUCUUCGCCUUCAAAGCUGAUUUUGUACCUUCAUGGCGGGGCAUUUAUCUCAGGCUCUCCUGCGAGUCACCGCAAGAUCGCUGCACAUCUGGCCAAAAAGGCCGGGACAUACGCCCUUGUUCUCGACUACCGCCGAGCCCCAGAACAUCAAUUCCCAAAGCAAAUUGAAGAUGUCAUCGCUACAUAUGAGUGGCUGUUGAACGAUCGAGGCCUAAAGCCUCAUCACAUAGCCUUUGCGGGAGACUCUGCUGGCGGGAAUCUGAGCGUAUCUGCCUCGCUCGCAAUCAAACAACGAGGCUUGCCCAUCCCUGCGGCCAUCGCGGCAUUCUCUGCCUGGCUUGAUAUGCGAGCUUCUGGAGAGACCUACGAAAGAAACAACCACAAGGACGCCCUGGCAUCUCCUGAGGCUCUACCAGGUGUAAUUAAAACAUAUCUAGGCGAUGCCCCGCUGGACAAUCCUCUGGUAGAUUUACUUCGUACAGAUCUCACAGGAAUUCCGGCAAUAUAUAUAGCGACGGGUACCUCUGACAUCCUCGAAAGCGAUGCGGUCUCGUUGGCGGAAAAUGCAAGAAAGGCAGGCGUUGGUGUGCAGCUGGAACUGCCCCCUGAUAUGCAGCACAUUUGGAUAGCUUUGGCGGGAAACUCCCCAGAGGCAGAUAGAUCACUGUCUGAAGCUGCUGCCUUCAUCAUCAGUAAAAUGUCCGAUUGA